AUGUGUUUGCCCAGAGGAGCAUUAAGCUUUGUGUUUAUCACUUGCAUGGUGUUUGCAUUGACAAGCGGCUAUCCAUCAGGCGAGAAGCUAAAAAUUCGAAUACACGUGCCCGUCAAACAUCACACACAUGUGCACACCAAGACGGUCAUAAAGAAAGUGCCUCUGCCCAUUCCCGUGCCGGUCAAGGAACAUCAUGAUCACAAAAAGCAUCAUCACAGCCAUCAUCAUCACCACCAACAGCCCGAGCACGACGACAUCGACGAUGACUUUGAGGGUUAUGACUAUCCGAAAAAGGCGAAAAGACGCACAAGGCAUCCUUUUGUGUGA